AUGUGCAUUUUGCUGAACGAUGCUUGGGACCUACUCUCAGAUGAAGAGAAGCGGAAGGACUACGAUGCCCAGAUCCAGCUUUCGAAGCCGGCGUACCUCACGAAGGCUCCGAUUUCCGAGGAUUUAUCCCCCAUGUGGCAGGGGAAAAGGAAGACGUUGAAGCACCACUCGGAUUAUACUGGGAUCCCAUUGUCCCAUUCGAAGUGGGAAAGGGUGCCACCUGAAGAGCGUGGUGAGAAGCAUCAAGCGCAAAAGAUGCUCUUCGUAGAUGAGUGGGCCUGCAUUUGUUGCCGCAACUGCUGCGAUAUCGCUCCGCAGUCUUUCUGCAUUCAAAAUGACAACG